UUCUCACUUCUUCACAACACCGCGCCGUAUUGCAGUAAACGAUGUAAACAAAUUGCGCCACAUUGUGCAAGCAAGAGCUCAUCCAACUUCAGUUGAGGGCAUGUCGAUAUGUUUUGCAAUCUUUUCCACCAAGUUACAGAGGUAUAAAAGAAGAACGAUUUAAUAAAACACAGGUUGCUUGUAUUGCGGUUCUGCUAUAGGUGAGCAAGGACAAGAUCAUGGCAGAGGCUUCAGCAGAUCCCCAUUCUCAUUUCUCGGAAGAUCUGGCCAGCGAGUUGGAGGCACUCAGAUCAAUUUUUGGCGGCGAUGGAGAAUUUGAAGUCCAGGAGUUGCCACCGGGCAGCGAGUACUGUUGUGUCGUGCAGGUGAAACCAGAGGGUCUGGCUGUAGGCUUGAAGUUCUCCCUACCUGACACCUAUCCUGACAAAAGUCCAAAGGUUGAGAUUCUGCCAACUGAGAAGAACGUAAUGCUACUGAAUGAUGACCCAAUCUUGACUGAGCUCCUGCAAUUGCUGUAUCAGUCAGCGCAAGAAGCCGACGGGGAACCGAUGAUGUACAGGCUGAUAGACAUUGCCAGGGAAUGGCUGGAGGGGCGGAGCUUAGAAGGAGAGGGGGCGGAUGAGGAUGACGAUGAGCAAGAAGAAUCAGCCAACAAAGAAGAGACAGCCCAGUCACUGACCCAUAAACGCAACAAGAAACCAACAAAGCUUGAUGCUGAUGAGGAGGAAGACUACAAGAAAAAGGGGAAGAAGAAAAAGAAGAAAAAACCAGCCGAAGACAAUCAAGGCCCCGUGAAGAAAUCGCGGAUGAAGACGGCCUCGGAGGUGAUCUCUCGCAUCCAGUGGGACAAACAGGUUCGCAAGGAGGACUUCAUCGUUGGCUACCUCGACCGCUUCAGGGGCGUCAUCGAAAAGCCCUUCACCACCUUCAGCUGGGUGGAUAUCGCCACCGUAGACGAUUACGACUCGCUUGCGAUUCCACGUCACCGUAUCCAGUACUUCAAAUACAAGGACCGGGUAGUUUGGGAUAAGAAUGAGCGGUUGGACGACGUCUUUGGAUCGACGGGCAGCAAGAAGACCAUCUUGGACACCGUGGAGGUGUUCUCUAAGGAGAACCAGAGCGUGGAAGAGAAGGAGGCAAGUGAUGCAGUUGGGGAUGAUUCAGUUGUUCAGGAGGCGACUGAAGAAUCAGAUCUCGUACAGGAGGCAAAGUCGGAAGAAAAAAGGCGCCGACCUUCACGACGCCCCAAUUACUUCCUCGCCAUCCGUGUCACUGAUCCAGUCAUUCGCAGGUGCGUCAGGCGGAUCCAGGACGCGCUCUGCGAUGACGAUCCACGUCUUGACAGUUCGCGCACCGACCUGGACAGUCUCCACAUCACGCUGUGCACGAUGCGAUUAGACAGCCAGGAUGACAUGUCUAAAGCCAUCGACGUCCUUAAGUCGCUUCAACGUGACAUCUCGGAACUUCUCUCGCCAGUCACCAUGCUCCGAUUCCAAGGACUAGACCAGUUUCAUGGCCGGGUCCUGUUUUCUCCUCCAGAGGAAUGCCCAGCCCUCAUAAAACUCUCCCAGAUGCUCCAGGCAGCAUUAGGAGAAGCAGGAAUCAAUUUAGUGGGCAAUCGUCCCCAAUUCAACCCGCACAUGACUAUCUUCAAGAUGAGGCGAGAAGAAGCUGAUGAUUUUGACGGCACGCCAUUACGCUCUUAUCUAUAUGAGCGAUUUUCGCAAGCAUUUCUUGGGGUGCAGCCCAUAGAGGCCGUCCACCUGUGCUCUAUGGACGACCCCCAUAGGGCCGAUGGGUUCUACUAUUGCCUUGCUAGUAUGGACAUUCAAUCUGAACAUUGAGCCGCAACUUAAGGGAUCAUGAAAUUUGUGCUGGAACAUGUUUUGAGCAAAUUUCCAUUCCUCUGAAAUAUUGGGAAAAAUUGUGAGACAUCCCUUUUUGAUUUUGAUAACAGCUUUUGUUAAGUGCACUUUCUGUAAAAUUCAAGAGGUUCCAUGCUUUUCCUAACAACUGAGGGCGCUGUUGCUGCGAUGUCAUUUUAGCCACACACUCUUCGGUUUUCUGCCCCACAAUUUCUCUAAUUGGGACAAAAGUUGUAUGGAAAACAACAGUGAAUCACCAAAACGGUACAUGGACGACACCAAAAUUGUUUUUAAAAAUUGGCAACUUUUGGUGCCAGGGCCCCAAUGGAAGCCAAUUUUGAACUGUUUGGGCAUACCCUGGGUAAAGAAAUGUGAUAAAAAAAAUAAUAAGUACACAAUACAUUUUAAACUCACCAUUUUAAACUUAUCUAGAAAUUGGCAAUUACAAUGUAUCUGUUAGCAUCAGCUUAAUUUCUUCUUAUUCCAUUUCUAUGCAGUGAACAAACAUUUUAAUUGAAUGUCUAUCUUGACUAGAUUUUGGUCUGAAGUACCUUACUGUUAAACUUCAUUAUAUUACCUAAAUGUUUAACUUCAUUAUAUUACUUAUGUUUUGUUUAAUGCAUUCAGACUUUUUAGCACUAAAAAGUUACUGUAUAAAUUGAAUAGUGUUAAAUUCUAUAAAUCAAAGUGCAGUUAGCUUAAUAUUUAUGUAUUUUUUAAUUUUCUACAAUUUAUACACACCUCAGAUCAAUUAUAUUCAUGUACUUGUAAGUUAAAUGUAUAGAGUUGGAGCAAGUUUAAAAAAAUAUAUGUUCACAAUCCAAAAACAAAUCUAAUUAAAAUUUGUUUUUUACGGAAAACCUUUAUUUUUGCUCAAUAAAUUUGAAUAUAAGUCAGUUACAAGUAAUUACAAGUUAAUUUCAAAAAUGUUGAGGGCAUCCAAGAAACACCUCACUAGUGUCUUAAUUUCUUUUCCCUAACAUUUUAAUAAAUUGAUUUCUGUGUUUGGGAAUUAACUGUUUAAGAGGUUAAGAAAUGGAAAAAGGCUGUUUUUGUUAUUGAAUGACAGUGGACCAAAUUUCAAGAAAAUCAAAGUUGAAAUAAAUUUGCAGUAUUUUUUCAUAUACAUUUUAAAUAAAAUGAAAAAUGAUAUAAUAACCCUCACAAUAAAGUAAAUCGUUUGUCUCUACGAAA